CUGGGUAGGGUGGGGUUCUGAAAUAAGGAACUGAAAGUCUCGAAACAAUCCCCAAGUGUGUGGAGAAGCUCUUCAGACACAGCUUUCUUAGCAAUCAGCUAUUUUUGAAGAAGACUAGUGGGAAGGUGUCCAGGGCUACAUGUCCAGAUAAGGAACCUAACAAGAGGUAGACGCGUCUGCUGGUCUUCCGGUGUUUCGAACUCCCUGCUGAACUGCGAACUGCUUAUUGUAUGUUAAAACAACUCAACAGCAAGCAUCUAAAAUGAAGACUUUUGAGGAGCAAACAGAAUGCGUCAUGAACGCUCUACUCGCAGACUUGCUGGGCCCAAAAUUGCAGGUUACUAACCGGGACCUAGGCAGCGCAGAAGAACCUGUUGCAGGAGAGGCUGACUCUUUUGACGUGGCUAUCAUUGUUGGGCGCCUUCGGAUGCUCGGUGACCAGUUCAAUGGAGAGGUAGAAGCUGCUGCCAGAAACGUCAUUAAAGAAACUGCUCGGGAGCAGGCAGGCGCAGUUCUCCAGAACACAGUGACAUCUCUCAGCAAGGCGUGGUGCGCUCAGGAUUCCACCUUAGCGUAUGAGAGAGCCUUUCUGGCUGUGUCAGUGAAACUUCUUGAGUGUGUGGUCCGCAAUGCUCCUGAAAUGGCUAGGCAGAUGCUUCGCCCCAUGACAAGUAUGAUCAAUGGGGACAGAGCCAUCCGGGAGUUUGUCGAGGGUCAGGGAGGUUGGGAAAAUCUGGAGAGCUGAAGAAGAGGUGGAGUCCUUCCCCACACUGAAUAGCGCUUCCUUUUUGAUCAGCUGUUUGAUUUCUGGCAAUAAAAACAGACAAACAAAACCAAUCGAAUACUACUUUCUUUUUCUGGUCAGAACAGAACCUAGCUAAAU